GGGUGACUGGACUAGUUGGUGCGUCUUCCGUUUCUGUCGCUGCGGCAGAGCAAUCUUUCAUCUCUGCAGUCGUUGCCAGGUCUGUUGUACAGCAGCCAUCGCUGUAUGAUUCGCCUUGCUCUGCGCUGUUGCAGCUUUCCGUCUUUUCCGUUCGGGUGUGUGUGGGGAGAGAGGCGGUGGAGUCAACGACAACGCUAGCGUGGAUCUAGUGAGGCGAAUUACAUCCGUCUCUACGCCGCGUCGCCAGUCUGCAACCCCCUGCUGUCGCUUUCAGGAUGGCGCUAACGACCUGCACGAGAUUCACCGACGAUUUCCAGCUAUUCGAGGAGCUGGGGAAGGGAGCGUUCUCUGUGGUGAAAAGAUGUCUCAGGAUCUCGUCUGGUCAGGAGUUCGCUGCCAAAAUCAUCAACACCAAGAAAUUAUCUGCCAGAGACCACCAGAAGCUUGAGAGAGAGGCCAGGAUUUGCCGUCUGCUGAAACAUCCCAAUAUUGUGAGGCUUCAUGACAGCAUAUCAGAGGAAGGCUUCCACUACCUACUGUUUGAUCUGGUGACUGGAGGAGAGCUGUUUGAGGACAUCGUAGCCAGGGAAUACUACAGUGAGGCUGACGCCUCUCAUUGCAUACAGCAGAUUGUAGAGAGUGUUCAUCACUGCCAUGUCAAUGGUAUCGUUCUACAGGACCUGAAGCCUGAGAACCUCCUAUUGGCCAGUAAGCUGAAGGGGGCGGCGGUUAAGCUAGCUGACUUUGGGCUCGCCAUCGAGGUGCAGGGCGACCAACAGGCAUGGUUUGGUUUUGCUGGUACUCCAGGCUACCUGUCUCCAGAGGUCCUGAGAAAAGACCCAUAUGGGAAGCCUGUGGACUUGUGGGCCUGUGGGGUGAUCCUGUACAUCCUAUUGGUCGGUUACCCUCCCUUCUGGGACGAGGACCAGCACAGACUGUACCAGCAGAUCAAGGCUGGGGCCUACGACUUCCCGUCUCCAGAGUGGGACACAGUGACUCCUGAUGCCAAAGACCUGAUCAAUAAGAUGCUGACCAUCAACCCCAGCAAACGCAUCACCACCGCUGAGGCCCUCAAUCACCCCUGGAUCUGUCAACGGUCCACAGCUUCCAUGAUGCAUAGACAGGAGACUUCUGUGGAGUGUCAGAAGUUCAAUGCCAGGAGGAAACUCAAGGGAGCCAUUUUGACCACUCUGCUGGUUACUAAAAACUUCUCAGCAGUCAAGGGUCUGCUGAACAAGAAGGCUGACGCCGUCAAGGCGAACAACAAAGCCAACACAGUGACCAGUCCUAAAGACACCAGCAUAACCCCAGCACUGGAACCCCAGACCACAGUGAUCCACAACCCAAUAGAUGGGAACAAGGAGUCUAUAGAGAGCGCAAACACCAUCAUCGAGGACGACGAUGUCAAAGCUCGGAAGCAGGAAAUUAUCAAAGUCACAGAGCUGCUGAUCGAAUCCAUCAACAACGGAGACUUCGAGGCCUACGCGAAGAUCUGUGAUCCGGGUCUGACGGCGUUUGAACCAGAAGCUCUGGGGAACCUGGUGGAGGGACAUGACUUCCAUCGCUUCUACUUCCACAACGCCCUGUCUAAAGGUAACAAGCCAGUGCACACCAUCCUCCUCAACCCUCACGUCCAUCUGAUUGGUGAGAACGCUGCAUGCAUCGCCUACAUCCGUCUGAGCCAGUACAUGGACGGCGGGGGGAUGCCUCGCACCAUGCAGUCGGAGGAGACCCGCGUCUGGUGUCGCAGAGAGGGAAAGUGGCAGAACAUUCACUUCCACCGCUCUGGCUCGCCCAGCGUACCAUCCCAGUAA